GACGCCGAAGCAGAAGAUCAGAAGCGCAGGGACAAUGUCUACGGGCAAAACGGUGAAGGAUGUGUCUCCACACGAGUUCGUCAAGGCUUACGCUGCCCAUCUCAAACGCUCAGGCAAGAUUGAGCUGCCACCGUGGACAGACAUAGUGAAGACUGGUAAGCUCAAGGAGCUUGCUCCAUAUGACCCUGGCUGGUACUACAUCAGAGCCGCGUCCAUGGCGAGGAAAGUGUACUUGAGAAGUGGACUUGGAGUCGGUGCGUUCCGUAGGAUCUAUGGAGGAAGCAAGAGGAACGGGAGCCGUCCUCCUCAUUUCUGUAAGAGCAGUGGUGGUGUUGCUCGUCAUAUUCUUCAGCAGCUUCAGACCAUGAACAUUGUCGAACUUGACACCAAAGGGUUAGUUGUUUAAGCAAAUCCUCACGGUUUCAUAUCUUCAUU